GCCCAGUGACUUUCCCUUUCUCAUGGUGGCUAGACCGUGUGUCGCCUCUAGCUUCCUCUUCUUGUUCUCCCUUCCUCGUCUGUUUCUCCUCUCCAUCUCUUGGCUGUUUUCUUUCAAAUGUGUUCGAUGUUCUGCGACCUGACCUCGCUACUCUCUUCCUUCCUGUUCCUUGGGAUGAGCUAUCACCGUGUCUUGACGUUGCUGUCGAAUCAUUCGAUUCAUGACCUGUAAUUCUGACGACCACAUAGUAUCGCGCCUCACGCUCUGGAGUCAUCCGGCGAUAUCCAAAUUCUCCAAGCUUCAGAAUAUCGGUCUGUACAUGGCCAAAGCUUUGACCCUUGCUUCCAACCCAGAGGAUUUCACGAUCUGUCACCCUUCGCUUCGUCGGACGAACUCCGACAGUCAGCCAACCUAUCUCUUGACGGCCCUUUUUCGUCGAGAUAGCACCCUCGACCUCCUUCCUUUCUCUCCCUUUCCUUUUUCUAGAGCCGGUCAGUAGCCUGCCAGGGCUGUUAGGCUCUAGCGGCGCAGAUGUAUGUCCGCGACGCUGGCGGAUCCGUAUCGAGAGUAUGCUAUUGAUUAUUCUCAACAUGCUACCUGCAAACCUGAGGAACACGCAGGCACGCUUGUUUACCACGCACAGCAGCCGCAUCUCCAGCACCAUAAGCAGCCCGAGCCUCCAUUCUCUCAGGGAGCCUCUCAUAGCACGACGGCAUUUGAGCAACAUCAUGCGAACGCGACCGUGUUAUCAGCAGCCACUCAGCAACCGUCAGUUCAUGAUAUGUCGCAGAGCGUUGUCCUCGGCCCGCCCCAGAUGCUCCCACGACACCUUCCAGUGCAGUAUCCACCUGCCAGCUUCGAAAUCCCGCCUAUCCAGCGCGAGAAAAAACGCCAUCACUCGGAGACCGAAGAGGAUGGGAACCCCGACCAUGGCCUGCGGCCGCAGCUAUCAGUCCUCUCAGCUGACGCCCCUCACGAACCCUCGCACUCUCCCGAAAUGCUCUUCGGUGUCCAUGGCGCAUCAUCUCAGCAGCAUCCCAUGUCAAACCAUGGCUUUGGGCCCACGGACUCUGUGGCCCUGCCGCAACAUCACCAUCACCAUCGACUCCCGCCCCAUGCAGCGCUGCGCGCCCCAGGGCGUCAUGGAGUGAAUGUGGAAUCUCCUCCUUUGCCCUCGGGCCCGCCGAGUGUGGUGGGCCAGCCUGGAAUGCCCGAUCCAGCCCCCAGGCCUCGAGGACCAAAACUGAAGUUUACUCCCGAAGAGGACGCUCUACUGGUGGAGCUGAAGGAAAACAAGAACUUGACGUGGAAGCAAAUUGCAGACUUCUUCCCGGGCCGAACAAGCGGCACCUUGCAAGUCCGAUACUGCACCAAGCUGAAGGCUAAGGAUGUAGCUUGGAGUGACGAAAUGGUACAAAGGCUGCAGCGGGCAAUGCACGAGUACGAGAACGAUCGGUGGCGCAUCAUUGCAGGGAAGGUUGGAAAUGGCUUCACCCCAGCUGCUUGCCGCGAGAAAGCCAUGCAGCUCCAUGAGUAAAAGCGUUGGGGAAUUCUCAUAUUUAUAUCUACUGUCGCCAGAUUCGGCCCUGCUUGGACCCUCUGAUCUCCUUACUCUCCAUAUUGGUUCAAAUGUCGGGUCUCCGAUAGGGCUGGUGGUGCAGGCUUGUUGUAGGCACGGGAGGAUGAUCAGCAUAACUCUGAUUCACUAUAGGAACGGGUUGAUGUAAGGUAUUAAGUGAUGUAUGAUAAUUCAUUUUAGCCCGGGGGAACAUAUGGCGCCGGCAUUUGUUCGUUCGCAAUGAACCGACACUAGCGUCCGCUCUCGCAGUUUAGCACCGGCUGAUCCCGGGCUGAACGCGGCCAUUGCUCGGCCGGGGCAUGUGUUCCUUAUCUACGGCAGACCGCAGAAGACCACUAGCGCAGAUUGUAGACCCUAAGCCCUAAGCCGGACACCCAAUCGAGUAGGUCUGCGGACCAGGUCACUGCGGGCAGCC